AACUAAUUCUGUAGGGACUUCAACCCUAAAACUGACAGAAACUCAUUGAAUAAAGAUGGGGAAAUGUGGUUUCUAUUACGCGGGUCUUUACUAUAGUUCAGGCAUAAAAUAAUGUUUUUGUUUGGCAAAUUGCAGGUUUAGGAGGCAGCAGUCAAUCAAGCUGAAGCAGGAUUCACGAAAUAUGUCUAUUUGAGUUGGAUGAUCCUCAUGGAUAUUGACGUCUUAUUCCUGUAUCCAGAUGGCUCACUUUUUAAAUUGCCGCUCCUCUGAGUUUGAAAACAUUAUUGUUUACAGUUUACAUGCGCAAAAAUCUUUUCUAAGGAGAUUCAACCAGUAGUUGAUUACCUGAAGCGAUUUCGCCCUUCAGUAUUUGAUGGUGUAAUGCAUACGUAACAAACAGGAUAUGGAUUUGGCCGCACCCCCGUUAUCUUCUAUUUGACCAUUUUUCUAACGUUAAAUGCAUCUUUGGUUUUAUUCCGGGUUAGAGAGACUAUAAAAGUUUGUUUCUGUCAAAUGUUUCUUCAGAUGAUUUACUGUCGACAGGUUUUUAAAUUACAAUAAAGAACACCAGACUAAAAACAAGGGCAGCUUUAACAGGAUAUUGAGCAAUCAUCUUAUCAACUAGUCACAAAACGAUGAGCAUGCUUGAGUUGAAAGCUUGGGCCUAUCAGAAAGAAUUUGAGAAGACGCUGCAGAAUCCACUAUGCACGUGAAAAGCUGAGAGACCGGCGAAGACAAAAGAAGUCGUUUACAUACAAAACUUGCAACCAAUGCUGAAUGUGUUCAGGCGAGUUUAUUGUGAGAUCUCAAAAGGAUGGAUUAAUUUGUUGGACAAUCACAUCAAUAAUUAAAUAGGUCGUCUCUGCCCGAUGAGUGCAGCGCAGUGAAAAUACAACCAACACUAUAUACACCAGAGACAGUGCUUAGUCUCGAAAUUUCUCAUGCAAAAACACAGCAACGAAGAUCGCGACCAAGACUAGGCUGAUCUCGAAAUUCUUUUUGCUUAUUCAGGAAAAUAAAAGUACUGAGUGGAGACGAAAUAUGACUCAAGCUAAAGUUCAGAUGCCGAAAUGGUCAGCUGUUAAGAACUUCCUAGAAUGUCCACUCUGUUUGCAAAUUUUCAAGAAUCCGCAUAAGGUGCAGUGUGGGCAUCGCUUUUGCGAAGUUUGCUUAUAUUCACUAGAAAGGAAUAAAGGGAAAAUAUGCCCACUUGACGGCAAAAGAAUUACGCCGGAAAAUGCCGUUCUCGACAUGGAUUUACAAAGGAAGAUCGAGUCUGUUGUAGCUACUUGCCCGUUUUCCACGAACGGAUGUGACUGGAAUGGGAAUGUUCCCAACCUAGAGGAACAUAAAAGAAGUUGCCUGUUUUCAAAAGUGACCUGUCCGAAAGGUUGUGGCAAGCAGCUGUUAAAAAAGGAAAUUACUGCGCACUCGAAAGCAAAUUGUAUCUCGUCAUUUGCACGAUGCUCGAAAUGCUACAUUGAAAUGACUGUCGAUCAGCUACAGACACACGAAUGUCCAUGUGAAAGGUACACCUGUCCAGAUGGGUGUGGCAAGGCUGACAUGUCAUUGGAAGAGCUAAGAAGGCAUCGCAAUCCAAGCAAUGGACAAUGUAGCUCUUUGCGAUUACCAUGUCAAUUCAAAGAUGGAGGAUGUAGCUUUGUGGGAUCAAAGCGAGAUAUGGAGGUUCAUUUAAAGAAGUCUGAAGAGCACACACAAAUCCUUACAGAAUCUUUUUCAAAGUUAAAACUAAAACAAAAGGCAACAGAAGAUCUUGUUGAGAAACAGGCUGCUCAGCUGAAAUCCAUACAAGAGAGCUUUUGUCAAUACGCCAUUCUUUUAAAAGAGUUUGAAACCAGACAUCACGAGCUAAGAGAACAAGUUUCACAACAUGAGACAACUAUACAGAACCAGGCAUCACAAAUAGCUGAAAAAGAUGCCAUGAUCAGCGAACUGAGAGCGCAAAUAGAUGAAUGUAGUGUGAUUGUUGAUGACCUACAACACGGCAGUCAAAACGGGACAUUAUUGUGGAAGGUUUGCAGUUUUAGAGAACAGCUGAAUAAAGCUUUGUCCCAAAGGAAUUUCUCAGUUUUCAGUCCAGUUAUAUACACGAGCAAAUUUGGUUACAAACUAUGUGCCCAGUUGUUUCCUGCAGGCUCUACUGACAGCAGUGGAAAAUACAUGUCUAUAUAUUUUCAUCUACUGCCGUCUGAUCAUGAUGAUGUAUUGAGGUGGCCAUUUUCUAACAAAAUAUCAUUCACGUUAAUAGACCAGGCAGACCACCCUGAAGAGGCACGCAACGUAUCAUACACAAUCGUUCCUGCACCAAAUGCAAGCAAUUAUCAAAAACCAAAUCAGAAAAUGAGUGAAGGACGUGGAUGUCAUCAAUUUCUUUCUCUACAGGAGCUCGAGAGUAGAAAUUACAUCAGGAAUGAUAGCAUUUUUAUCAAGAUCAAAGUUUUGCAGAAAAAUAACUAACUCGAACAAUAAAAAAUGGCCAACUAUAAACGUAAAAGUAUUAGUUAUUGAAGAAUGUACAAAAUUACUUAAAGAGGUGUUAAGCCUCCUUUAGAACAAUGUUCUUAAAAACUUCAAAACCUCCCAGAGCAAGUAGGCAAUCUGUUGUUUUACAAGCUUACUUGCCUCCCUCACAACAGACUCAUAUGCAUAAAUUUCACAGAAUGUAAUACAGUAACUUUGUAGCACCCGAUAUAUGCAUACAUAUAAAAAUUUUAGAUCCCAAAUUAAAACACUUAAAA